AUGACGCAACUGCUGGAUGAGCAGGACAAGAACCAGCAGCUUCGUGACCAAGUUGAAGCCUUAGAGGCCCAGCUUGCGGCUAGGGACAGUAAGGUGAACGCUAAGCUCCAGGAAGCUGCUCGCAUUCGGGAGGAGCAAGCCCAGAUGACUGAGAACGAAAGGGUUGCUCGCGUGAAUGCGCUCGAGGAACAGGUUCGCCUGCAAGAGGCUAAAAUUGCCCGGUUGAAACACGAGAAGAGCCAGCUCAAGACUGCCGUGAGGCAGCUAAAGGCGCUUGCUGAUCUCGACGCUAUCACCCAGCGUCUCCACGAGUUCCUCGCGAAGGUGGAACACUGGAAAACAAGCAGCAAAGAAAGGAUGCGAACUUGCGAUCAGAAGACCGACCUGCCUGCUUUGCUGGAGCACGUGUGGUCGGAUUUCCCGCAAUUCUCGGGUGUAGCACCGAUGAAUCACAAAGGGGACUCCAGUCCCGCCUCGGAGCAGAGGCAGCAGCAAUCGACACCUGUGGCGGAUGAACAAGCUGAUGCGGUUGUCUUCCUCAAGAAGCAGUUGCGUCAGCGCGAGGACGAGUUGCGGCAGGCCCACGUUAAGUAUGUCGAGCUGAAGGAAUUGUGCGCCAGGCAAUGCGUCCGUGAGGCCGACCUGCAGAACUUCAUCAAUGAACAUCGUCUGCGCGGUAACCUCAUCAUUCAUAAGAACGGCGGCGCCAAGCACAGCGGAGCGGCGGAUAACCAAGAUCCAGUGCAGGAAAAUCACCAGGACGAGCCUCGGCACAGCGCCAAGUUGAAGAUGAUUUCAAGCCGAGGAACGAACACACCGUCGCCCUUUAACGGCAGAGGCGAGGAGGAUGAAGACAACUUCGUUAACGACGAGUAUUCCGACAACCAGGAGGACAACGACGACUACGGCGAGGAAGAUGAAGAGCAGUACGAAGAGUACCCAGUGCGAACUCCAAAGAUCUUCGUUCAGGUUGGUCGGAACGGUGUCUACGAACAUGCGUCACCAACAGACUCCGCUGUGGCGCAGAAGCUCGCGAGCGACCGAAGCCGAGGAAAACGCAAGCCUCAGCCAAAGCAGCAGCGAAUUGAACGAAUCCGGCUUGUGCCGUCGCCGAGCUUGGCGCAGCGGUAUGAGCGGGUGCCUACGCCAGCAACCGGCGCUCCGCGAAGGAAAGAGUCUGCCCACCAGCCAGUGACACCACAGUCUUCAGUGCGGUCGCACCCCCCGCAGCUCGGGGAGUGCCCACCUGGUUGCGGCAGUCGGCUCUCCUUCACGCGCAAGAAGGCGCCAUCGGUUGCAGCACGGUCAAAGCCACCCAAGAGGCCGGUAUCUACGACAGCGUCGAAAGGAGCUAUCGGUGUUAUUCGCCCGUGGAUGUAA